UCCGCCAAAGUUUUCCCAACUAAAUUUAGUUCUUGAAACGACAGUGCGUUAAAAUGUGUAAAGUUUUAAAAAUUGCAAUUUUGUACACAAUUUUAAUUCUUCCAAAUGUCUACAGUUUGCAUUGUUACAUAUCCGAUUUUGAAAAUUUUUAUUCAGGAGAUUUAAGUGAACUAAAACACACAUUAAGAAAUUGCAACAUUUACAAUAACAUCACCAAACAUGUGAAACACGAGCUGGAAAUACCGGAAAAAAGUGUGAUAAAUUGUUAUACAGUGGAGAUUACGAGAGACGUCAUAAUUAAGGGAUGCGUCCAAAGUGGUGGUUGCACCUUUCUAGUCGACAUUUUGAAAAACACCGUACAAGAAAACAACAAUUUUGAUUUAAUUUCACCAAGUGGAAAAAUCGAAUGUGUGGAAUGUGGUACAAAUAGUUGUAAUAAUGUGAACAAAAACACAGUACCAUCAACGACCCCCGCCGCCCUUACAGUCCGAAGUGAGACCUCCUUGAAAUGUUAUCACUGUUUGGAACCAUGCGAAUUAACAAAAGCACGUGAAAAAAUUUGCGGUGAAAAUAUCGGACCGUCGUAUGAGGCUGUUUGCACGAAUGAAAUUUCCAAAACCACCAACAAUCCAGAUUUUGCAAUCAGGAAAUGCCAAAUUAUUAGAAAAAAUUACGAGCCUCCAUGCCCAAAUUCCUCAGUAUGUAGUUUUUGUAAAAGUGAUAUGUGCACGACAUCGGGUGGGAGUGUAGCUAAAACGGCUUUUGUUACCUUUGGUCUGAUUUAUUUAGGCACAAGUUUACUUCCUUUUUAGAAAAUUUCAAAAAAUAAAGAAUUUAUUUUUCUA